GAUCACAUCCGUCCUACCGGAAGUUCAACUUCUGUGACAGAUAUUAACUGCGUCGAAUAAUUUCGUUCCUUACGUCAGUUUCAUUUGUGAGUGUAAGUAGCGGUUCGUGGUAGGGCUGCCAAAUUUAGAUACGGUCACCUCACGUCACUCUCUUUCCUGCAAUGACGGUCUAAACGUUGCGAGUUGUUUCCGGGUACAAGAACUGUUGCUAUAACGGAAGAACCGUCCAAGAUCACCUCACUGUGCAAUCAUACAAGUCUAAUGAAGCAAACAGCGUUGUUGAUCAUUCUGUGGAGUUCGGUUUUUGUCCGCACUGUUAGUUGCGAUGGAUGCGGUGUCCUUACCGACCGUAGGGAACUGUCGCUUUCUUUCAGUCCUCGUCACAGUCACGAUCAAGUGAGGAAUAUUACAGUCUACUGUAACUCAACAAGGAAUGGAACACAACAGAAGCUCGAAGUUGUAAUGAAUGCGUCUUCUCUUCUGAGUGUGCCCAAGCCUACAGCGAGCUUGAUUAUUUUCCACGUUAUGUUCAGCCACCCUGUGACAAUAAUUGACAGCUCCAGUUCCUAUAAAGUAGGAAAUCCGAGGGAGUAUAUAUUCACUUUGUCUUUAGCAUCAGAGCAGCUGCAGGCGCGGUUCAGUAUAGUGGUAAAUGGGAGCACUGUUUCUGUCAGUAAUGCCUCAGUGAAAGUCCAGUCUUCGAUAAUGUCUGGAGAAAGUGUUGAUGAUUUGGCAACUAUGACAGUUGUAAAUAUAACAAUGACUAGAGCAACGGCAAUCACAACAACCAUGGUUAUGUCAACAAAUCCAUCAUCUAGCAGCAAGGGUGACGACUCAAACUCAAACAAUGUAUUGUAUAUAGUCGGUCUGGCUGUUACAUCGACUAUUGCUGUAGUUAGUAUUAUUGUCUGCAUUAUUUUGUGUCUAAAGUUAAGAAGGUCUUCUCGAACUCAUCAUUAUGUCGAGCCUUUACCUGUGGAUCUCCAGGCAAUUCGACUACCAGCCAAGUUGCCAACAAAGAGAGCAAUGAGUGAUCCAGAAUUACUGGGAGCCAAAGCGCGGUCUAGUUUUGCUUAUGAUUAUGCAUUUGUUGAUGGACCACCAGUGAUGACUGUGCCCAGGAGGAAUUCAGACCUUGAUUUUGGACCUGGGAUUUCUUCUUUGUUGAGGCAUGAAAGGAUACACAAACAGCAACUGACGAGGACACGGUCAUCAUCAGAGCCAUUUCUAUAUCCUCCAGGUUUAACACUAGAUCGAAGUAAACAAAUAAAACCAAGACCACCACCAAAACCGCAGCUGUCAGCAUUGAGGAAGAUGAUGUCUGCUGAUGAAAUUCACGACAGAGCAAUGUAUGAUGAUCCAAGUUCUCCAACAGUCAGGUCUCCAGCGCACGGGCACAGGAAAGCUGGCAAGCCAAUUCCAAGUCCCAGAUUCAAAAAGAAAGAGGUGACCAAGACCAAGAGCACUGGAUCAACAGCUACUGAUGGGUAUCUUCGUCCAGUAAUUUCAGAUUUUCGACAGAAAACUAGUGUAUCCACUGUCAAUUCAAAUAGUAGUAACCAUGAUAACAGUUUGUAUGUUCCUAUGGAAAUUGACAGGCCAGUUGUUUACACUGAUGGUGAAAAUGGGGAGUGCUAUGUACCAAUGCAAAGCCAGACAUCCUACAGUGAUCAUAGUCAGUCAAAAGCACUACAACCAUCGUCCGUUAGAGACUCCGAUAGUUAUGAAAAUGUUGAAGAAUGGUUAGAUAAUACAAAGAAUGCAUAGUUGUUGUUUGUAAUGUGAGACUGUCAGUUCCUAUCUGCUGGAUUUCAAUGGGGAGCUGCUAUGAAGCUAA